UUGUUGUGGGAGGUUGUUGUUUAAUUUAAGAAUGGAUCUUAAACCAUCACAAAUAUUUUAUUCGCCAGAUUCUAUCAAUAAUGUCUUUGAUAAGCGGUCAUCACACAAUAGGACUAGAAUUGGUGAUACAUUGGAUGACGUCUGUGAAGGAAGAUGUCAAGUGUCUUCAAUUCCGAAGUGGUGAACCUCGAUGGAAAAUGGGUUACCGCAGACAAUCGACGCUUAUGGGUUUUUCGUGAGCUGGAACGGCUCGGAAAAUGCGACACAAUUCCGGUACGAAUAUCCUCAUAUAUACCCGAGGCAAAGCUGACAUCAUAUAACGGUGGGACGUCCGUUCGCGUUCGUGGACCUGCAGGAGGGUAUUGGCAUAACAAACCAACACCAUAUAAGCCAAAGGUUCAAUCGAAAUUGCGAAUAUCCAAUAAAGCAUAUGUGUAUCAGUCGAAAUACAAAGUAAAAGAUUCAAGCGAAAGUCCAACUCUGUUCUCCUACCAGGCACCAAAAACGAAACCACAAUCGUCUAUACCAGCACACAUGACCACUGCAAUCAAAACCAACGUUGCGAUGACUGUUCAAACCAGCCCUGAACAUUCACCUCAACUUAAGAUACGUUCGAAUUCAGAUAGUUUUCAAUCCAACCCUUUAAGUAGUGGUUUGCAAGCGUCCUACAAAGCCCCGGUCAAAAUAAGUCCGAUUAGCUCCUCGUCAUCCAAAUAUCCGUGCUUUUCUGACAUCGGUAAGGCAAAUGAUGAUUAUAGUCAGCGACAUAUCAACUCUUCUAAAUCACAAUACCGUGAUCAGAGAAGCUGUUCAACGCAAGUAGGUAGUUCAGGGUCGCAGUACGGGGAUCAGAGCAAUAAUUCAAAGAAUAGUGAACUUUUUGUCUCGCAAGACCGUGUUCCGCAAUGCAAUUAUUCAACGCAAUGCGAAAGUCCAGGAUCUCAAAACCGCGAUCAGCUGAGUAAUUAUUCAAAGCAAGGAAGUCCAUCAAGAUCCACUGUCGCUAUGUCAGACACUUCAGUUGAUCACAGCUCCGUUCGUGCUACAGAACAUGCAUCGAAUGCAUCAGAACCACGUUAUGCCAUGCCAUCAUACCGAGAAGGCAGCAGGCCAAACUAUGGCGAUUCGAACAAGUCUUGCUGUGGAUGUACAAUUAUAUAAAUGGUAGAUCUUUGAACAUUUUUUGCCAAGUGCUAAAUGUUGUUUUUUUGCAAGAUGUCUUUAAGAUUUGCACUAAGACAACUGAUUACUUGGUACAGUCAACUUGAAACAAUUAAUAUUAUUAAGCACAGAAGAGUGUUUUAUGUUUAUGUACGUGCUGGUUUUCCCAAUCUGAUCAACUUAUGUCGAAUAUCGAGAUUGUUGAAAGCGUUCACUGUAAAUAUUGCAUAAUUAAUUUGAUAUCUUUGAUUUGCGUUUAAUAAGAAAUAUUCUUAGGCGUUUUGGCAAUCACAUAGAUUUAAAUGGACCACUGAACAACGCUUAACAAUCAUAACAAAGUAAAACUUAUACUAUGUACACAGCAAUGUUUGUUAGUUUAAUAUUAUUACAACUAUUCGAAAUACACAUUAAAGGGGCCGUCCAACGGAUAAAGCGUCGUAUCGACGCGAAACGAUAUUUUGGGAAACUACGAGGAUUGCUUAUAUAGCUAUAAAAUACAUCCGUUCCAAACAUGAGCGUGGAUGGUCGAGUGGUCCAGGCGGGAGGCUUUUUAGUCUAGGACUCCAGGAAUCCAGGGAUUAUUGUUUCGAGCCCUGUUUAGGUCUAUUUUUUUCCUUUUUUAAAUUGUAUUCUUUUUUUUUUUACAGGAGAUUUUUAUUUCAAAUGUUGAAAUUUAUCAAUAUAAAGCAUUUAAAGCAUUUAAUGACAAGCUUCAAUACAUGCAAAAAUCUGUUGGACGGCCCCUUUAAGCAUGCAUACAAUUAUUUUCGUUUAAUGCGAAG